AAAGCUGUGCAAAUGAAAAGAACUAGCUCUAAGGAUGCAGGGCCGUCAACCACACCUAAAGCUUUGUCUCCAAAGAAGAGGGUUGUGUCUGCUAAGAAGAAGGAGGUGUCCCCGAAGAAGAAGGUUGUCCAAACUAAGAAGAAGACUAGAUCUCCGAAGAAGAAGACAAAGGCUGUAUCAAAGAAAUCUGUAUCAAAGACCAAGUCUGGAAAUAGUUCUAAGUCUAAUAAGAUAGAGGAUGGUGAUGAUGAGGAAGAUCCUGAUGCAACUGGUGGUUUGAAGCUGUUAAGGCGAGGGAUGGUGACAAUGAAUCGCAUUACAAGGCGACUCAUCAGAGGGAGAAAGCUAACCAUACAGAUUAAUGAUAAGGGGGAACCUUAUGGUAAGGCUGCAAAAGAAAUGCAGUCUUACAUUGGGGUCUUAGCACGUACAAAGAUCUCGAUUGUCACUGGUGAUUGGAGAGAGGUGGACCCUGAGGAAAAACAGAAAAUCUGGGAAUCUAUUGUGGAUGCAUAUGUGAUCCCUAAAGAAUGUAAGAAGCUGGUGAUUACCUCUGCUGCAAAUAAAUGGAGGGAAUUUAAGAGCAAAUUGACCAACAAGUACAUUAUCCCUUAUAUGGAUACCCCUGAAUUGCUUGAAAAUCCACCGGAUAAUUAUCGAUGUGUUAAGAAGGCUGAUUGGGAUAUCUUUGUCGCUGACAGGAUUUCAGAAAAAUUUCAGGAACUGCGUGAUGCACAAAUAGAAAAAAGAAAGGAAAAUCGGUACCCUCAUCGUAUGGCACGUAAAGGAUAUGCUAACUUAGAAGCCGAACUGUCCGAGUCAAUCCCCUUAGAGAAACUGGAUCGUGCGACGAUGUGGGUGAAGGCACGGCAAGAUAAGAAUGGCUGCUUCAAAGAACCUGAGGUGGAGAAGACGGCAGAAAGAAUUGAAAGGUUAAAGAAAAAGGAGUCUGACGGAGAGCUUACAACAGAUGGUUCAGAUGAUGUGCUCACCUUAGCAUUGGGGAAGCCAGAGCAUCCUGGGAGGGUACGAGGCGUUGGUGGUUUCACCAAACCAGCUUCAUACUUUAACCUCCCAAAAAGCAGAAAGAAAAGUGUGGAAGAGACUGUGAGGAAGAGUGUGAAGUUGAUUUUGGAGGAGGAGAAGGAAAGUAUACUCGCUAAGGAAAGAGUUGCAUGGGAACAAGAGAGAGAUAGACAAGUUGCUGAGGAAAGAGCAUAUUGGACAGCCAAGAUUGCGAGGUUGGAAGCAAAAAUUGAUGGGAAGGAGGUGCCACUAGAAUCACCAGAGUCACCAAAACAAUUGACGCCACUUCAUGAACAUGGUUCAGGCCAAGGGAGCUGUUCCCGACCAGCUGAGAAGAUUUUGAUUGACAUUGUGGAAGGUGAUGGCAAAACAGUGAAGAAGAAGUUGGUUUUAGCUGAGGAGAAGAUAUUUGUUCAAGAGGACGAGCAAGUGGCUACAGAUCAACCAAAGCAGAAACUAACUUCUAUAAUUGAAGAGGAGGUUAGAGUCCACAUAUCUUCGAAAAAUUCUGACAAUGUUGAUGGGAACGACUGCGGACUGGCAAUAGACAGGGUCGAAAAUAUUGUUGCUUAUGGUACUGUCAUUCAAGUUAAUGUUGAGGAAGGCAAUCAGAAGAUCCAUGGGGUUCCAUUGGGAGAAGACAAUGUGCGUGUCUCAGUCAUUGGAACCAUUGUGCAUGAUGCCUUGCUACCAUUUCCAGUGAAGGAUGCUGACAUAGUCACUGUCGGAGACGCCAUUGGGACUUGUGUUGCUUGGCCAAGAAAGCUAGUUGUUAUCCCUGCACCAGUGGCACCCCCUAAACCCAUUGAGCAGAAAAAAACAAAGCGUGCUAAUCCGAAGAAGAGAAUCAGAGAUUCAUUUGAUGAUGACAAUGAAGACCUGGAAAACUUGCCGACGAAUCUGCCAUUACCAGUAAAGGACUUGUGUAUGUGGGCCAAGACUGAAUUGAUGGAUGGCGCUACAAUCCACACAACAUUUGGUGGGGAAAUUUUCGGCCAUUCUAGGAAAGCCGUCAUCUUUAGAAGGGAUAUCUAUAACAUGGCUAACAUGCUGGAAGUAUCUGGAGGAGUCAUUGUUUUUUACAUGAGCUACAUUUAUGGAGUCCUGAAGAAGUCUAAGAUGCUUGAUAUGGUUGGCUUUAUCGACCCUGCACACACCGGUAUAAUUGGGUGUGGAAAUCCCACUGAACGGGCACGGUCUAUGUCAAAUCGGUACAUGUUAGGGAAACCGGGGCAAAUAUUUUUGGUUCCAUAUAACUCAGGUGCUCAUUGGAUGUUGUCGGUGGUGAACCCGGAUGAAGAAGUCGUGCAUUUCAUGGAUCCGCUAAAAAGGCGACUUUGUGCUGGUGAAUGGAAAAGUAUUGUCGACAACUCUAUUAAAAUCUUCAAUGCCCAAAAGGCUAGGAAAGGAAGGAAAAUAAUCCAAUGGAAGAAUCUUGCUGGUAUUCCGGAGCAAACUGAUUCUAAGACUUGUGGUUAUUUCGUCAUGCGUUAUAUGAAAGAAAUUGUGGAGGACAAGAACUUGGAGUAUGCUACCAAGUGGGAAAGGAAAUCAAAUCUUGCUUACACACAGAAGGAUAUUGAUGUGGUUCGAGCUGAAUGGGCAAAUCAUGUUAUGAAGUUCUAACUUUGGUUCUGUUUAAGGUAGAUGAGUAGCACCAGGAAUUGCUUUUGUGCAUUUAUAUAUAAUUGAUGGAAAGUGUUGAUGAACCUAAAUUAUGCAUGCAGUUGCUUUGCCUAGCUACUCUUUCUUUACCUUAUAGGUUUUUGACUUAGUGCAAUAUUAGGUAAAUGAUCGAGAUCGAUGAGAUGGUUUUUUGGUUCUCUUGAUCAUUAUGUAACUGUUGGCUAGGUUUAGAGUUGGAACUAUGGAUUGUAUUUUGGAUGAUGUUGAUGCAAUUAAUGAAACGUAGCCAUCAUUUUCAA